GAAAGUACAGGAAGGAAUUCUUGCUGAGAUAUAAACCAGACUGUGGAUUUGGUUCAUUGAUAUACUCGGGAGGACCGUGCAUGGACUUAACUUAUUCUAAAAUAAGGUCACAGGAAGCUGUUGUGAGGCAUCAUGGAAGAGGACCUUGACCUGGAGCGUCGCCGAGAGCUCAGGAGACAGCGCAGGGAGGAGAGGUCAGGCCAGGCUGAUGAGGAGGAUGACGAGGCGCGAGAGCAAAGGAGACAGGCCCGCUUGGAGAGACUACGCAACAGAGACAACAUGGAGUCCAGCGGCGUGUCUGACAAAGGGGCCGACAUUCUAUCCUCCGCCAUCAUGUCCAUCCCAGCCGGGGGCAGCGAGGACGACCAGGCACUUCUGGAGCGCAUCGCCAAGCGCGAGGAGCGGCGUCUGCAGCGGAUGAGGGAGGCCAUUGUGAGGCAGAAGUCACUGGAGGCUACCACUGCCGAAGGCGCCGUCAGCACCGAGCGGAGGUCGUCCGGCCAGCAGAGCAGCGAGGCAGAGUCGACCCAGAACGAGGCCUCGAGCCACGACGCCAGCUCCAGCAAGGAGACGGAGGAGAAGAAAGAAGAGGAGAAAACGACUGCGGAAGAAACAAAACAGGCAGCAGCGGACACAGUAACAGCUCCAGAAGCGAGUGAGUGCAACGAGGAGAAGCCAAGACCAGAGUCGAUAGAGCAGACUUCAGGAAAGGAAGAUGAGGAAAAGGCUGACAAAGAGGUAGAGAGCACAACAUUAGACAAAACAGAAGUCCAUGAUGACUCCUCGAAGACAGAAGAAGAAUCCGUGGCACCAACAGUAGAAACUGUGGUGGAGGACACAGCAACGCCCGAGGAACCAGCAGAGGUGAACAAGGAGGAAAUCAAGCCUACUGUGGAGAUUGUAGUGGAACCAGCAACUCCAGUGACCAUAGACGUUGAAGAAAAGCCUGAGGCAAAGGUUGAGGAAAAACCCCAAACAACCCAAAUGGAGCCAGAAAAGGUGGAAGAAAAACCUCAACUGGUCAAGAAAGAGCCAGAGAAGAAACCAGAAAAGGUGGAAGAAACACCUCAACUGGUCAAGAAAGAGCCAGAGACAAAACCAGAAAAGGUGGAAGAGAAACCUCAACUGGUCAAGAAAGAGCCAGAGAAGAAACCAGAAAAGGUGGAGGACAAAGUGCCCAAAUGGAAGAAAGAGGAAGAGAAGAAACCCGAGAAGACUGAAGCCCCAGUGCCCAAAUGGAAACGAGAGGCUGAAGAGAAGCAGAAAGCCAAGAAAGAGGUUGAGUUCCCACCAAAGAAAGUGGAGGAGAAACCAGUGACACUCAAGAAAGUAGAAGAGAAACCAGUGGCCCCAAAGAAGGAGGCUGAGGAGAAACCUAAAUGGAAGAAGGAGGUGGAGGAGAAGACAUCUAAAUUUAAGAAAGAGGAGCCUGUCGAGGAAAAGCGAAAGCCAGCCUUCCUGCAGAACCUCAAGCAACAAAAUGGAGGUCUUCCUGACUCGACAAAGCUGAAGAAACCAGAGAAAAUUCCAAGUCGUGGCGUGGGGACUAAGGAGGAGCAGGAGGCCGAGCGCAAGCUGCUGGAGCUGAAUAAGAAGCGUAACGAGCAGGAGAGCCAGGAGUUCCAGAAGAUAAAGGCCAAGGCCGACGGGGCAGAGGCCGAGCUGGAGGUGCUGAAGAAGAAGAGGGAGGAGCGGAAGAAGAUCCAGGAGGAGGAGGAGAGGCAGAAGAAACAGGUGCUGGCUGACAAGAAGGCCAAAGAGGAGGAGGAGAAGAAGAGGAUGAAGGAGGCGAUUGAGAAGAGGAGAGCAGCGGCGGCAGAGAAACGACAGAAGGGAGAGGCACCAGAAGGGGAGGCAAAGACACCCUUCAAGUGUGUUGGCACCAAGGGCCCUGCCUCAACGAUUGGGGUGAAAGCUGACUUUUUGAACAAGUCUGCGCAAAAGAGCAGUUCUGUGAGGCCGACUCAUAAUCUCACACCCAUCACUACCAAGAUAGGCAACAGAAUGGAGCAGUUCACAUCCGCAGCUCAGGGCAGCAAAGAGCCCAGGUCUCCAAAGUCCCCCCUGGUGGACGUGCCAGGAGACGCAGGCGUGCGGAAUAUCAAGAGCAUGUGGGAGAAGAGCAACGUGCAGAGCUCCCCAACAAGCCCCAUGCCAGUCCAGCAGAAAGCAGAGAGCAAGGAAACAUCUGGGAUGAACAAAGGCGUGACGGGUCGGCUCAACAGCUGGAAGACCAAGGCCCCAGAGCCUGAGAAGGCAGCCCCAGAAAAACCUGCUCAGGAUCCCAAACCAGCUGACGUCACCAAACCACGCAGUCUGUGGGAAAACAAGAGCUCCACCCCAGGCCGAGUGGCCUUUGGAAAGAAAUAAGUCAUGCGUUGUCAGAGAACACAAGACAGACUUCAAGGGCAGACAAUCAACAAAAAUAUGAUCACUACAGUCAUCAGGCAGAUGAUGAGAGGCUCUACGGGGGGGACUUUAUUAUCCUCAACUCAUGCAUAGCUGAUUACAACCAAAGGAGGGGAACAUUGAAGAUAUUUGGAUUCACAGCCAUAUAGCACAAUAUAGUACCAGCGUACUUUAUGUUACCCGUUGAAGAUGUCUUGUUUAUUUUUCAACCAUAGGGAAGUGGUUUCUAUGCACAUCAAUCUCUGAUUCUAUUUACUGACUCUUAGCUGUCUGGUGCAUAGACAGGCCUCUAGACAGCUUGCAACGCUUUACUUUGAGUUUCACAUCUGCCUUACGAUGAUCUACCAGUGCUGAAUGCUUCAUUUCAUACAGCCAAUCAAUAAUUCCUACAGCAUUAACGACAACUCACUACCACACUGUACUUGGCACUGAGUAAUUAACUUGACGCUCUGAAAAUAAGUGGCUUGUAGUUUCUCAGAGUUGAGCUAUCAUGGCACGCUUACAGCUAGUUUCAUUAAGCCACUGCAUACAGAAUGAGUACUGGCUGCAACAUAAAUAAUGACUGCUGCAGUACAACAAGCCCACUGCAUUCACAGUGGUCAUACUGUAUCUCACUCGUAGAUGUGUUAGACAAGCUUACCGCAGUUAUAUGCGACUAGGAAGAGCACUUUCUGCCAGAAACUGAUCAGCCAGCCUGAUUAGAGUUUGGUUUAAUUCAGUCUGUGUGGUAUCUGUGGCCAGCCAACAUGCCCAUCAUGGUACUAACCUAAUUACCUAUACUACCACUAACGAUCCUGUUAACAUGUGGCUUUCAAUAUCAUCGAUGUGUAUGCUGUGACGCAGUGACAGAACAUCUGAGCCAGUGUGAGAGACUGUGGUGUCAAUUAGGUAGAGGUGUCAGCCAGAUGGACAGCUGUUGGUAUCACGUAACCCGGUCACAAUAGAGCAUCAUAUCAGUGGAUGAAGACAUUUGCAAUGUCACUCACCCUCACCCCGGCUCAGUCCCACUGGUGUCCCAACAGACUCCUGCGUCAACAAUAAAGACAGGAAGGCUGAAUCUGAAUGCUUUCCCUAUCAGGGAAAGGCAUUUUGAGUAAGGGGACUGUUUUAUUACCGGCCAUGACGGCUAACAGUCAACCACGACUCAUCUUAGUCUCAUCUUACUUCUAAAAAUGGCCCAUGGCCUUAAAGUUUACGGUUCCAUCCCUUUGAUUUAAUAAGCUGAGACAGGGAUGGAAAUCAAAUGUGUUGUGUGAUGAUGAAAUGUCACAUGUUGGUCAUUGUUUCUCACAUUGCCUACACUCUGAAAAAGUUCAAACUGUACAGAAAUUCCAUUUUGUGUAACAUUUCAUUAAACCUGUAGGACACUAAAUGUGCAGUUUAUCAGUUUGUUUAUUUUGGCUUUUGCAUAGCUCACAGAAAGAAUACUUGAUAUUAACUUUUGCAAAUUGUUGUUGAAUUUUACCCUCAGUUGAGCAAGAAAAUAAAUGCAUAU